AUGAGCUUCUCUUCUUCUAUUCUCAUCUUUGCAACUGUUCUCGCUGCUUCCGUCUUGGCUGGUCCGAGAGGCGGAUUCGGCGGACGGGGACAUCAUGGCCCGCCACCACCCCCAUUCCUCCGAAACGUUACCGAGGAUGGAAGACGCGCCUUUUUCGACAUCUUAAGGAACGAGAAUCUGACUCUUUCCCAGAUCGAAUCCCAGACUGCCACGUGGGCUCAGACCUACGGAGUCUCGGUGGGUGCCCAUCUUCUUCUCUUUUCUCUGGAAACCAUUUUCAUUUCAGGAUGAGUACACCGCUUUCGAAGCCAACAUGACUGCCCACCGCGAUGAAGUGAAGCAGAACGUAACUGAGGUCAUCAGCCAGCUCUCCGCUGCCCAAUCCGCCCUCGAGUCUGUCAUGGACAACAAGAACCAGACCCGCCAGCAGCUGAAGGAGGCCAUUGACAACCUGAAGCAGCAGUACCCAGAGGAGCUCCCAGUUCUCUUCUUCAUCAGCGGACAGUUCAGACGCGGUCCAGGAGGACCAGGAGGACCAGGAGGACCAGGAGGACCGGGAGGACCAGGAGGCCGCGGAGGACCAGGAGGACCAGGAGGACCAGAAGGACCAGGAGGACCAGAAGGACCAGGAGGACCAGAAGGACCAGGAGGACGUCAUGGAGGCCCGGGAGGACGUCGUGGAGGAGAUUCCGGAGAAGGACCAAUGAUGGGAGGCGGAAGACGAGGAGGACCGAGCGAUAGCAUGUACGAGUCGGCCGACAACAGCGAUUUCUAA